AGGAUGUUGUCAGAAGGGUACCUCUGUAUAAUUCCUUAUCAUGAUCUCAUGAAUUACAAGCUCGCUUGCAACCAAGGAGAAGAGACAGUACACGAGAUGAGGCCUUUGAAUGGCAUCACCUAUGAAUCAACAGAGGAAACACAGGACAGAAAUCUCUUUUGGAGAUGUAAGUCUGUUGGCAAGUUCAUCUUCUCUGUUUGUUCCAAUGAAAACAGAAACAGUAGAAGGCAGAUGGAUACACAGACUCCAAAUCCAGUAUUGGAAAGGCAAAUAUCUCCAGCUGUGGAAAUCUGUACAGGACCUGCUAUCAACAGAGACACUUACCUAGUUCCACCUUCUUGUAAAAGCAUUUGCAAGAAUUACAAUGACCUGCAUAUUGCUGGUGACCAGGUACUGCCUAUGAGUUCAGUUAAAACAGAUUUUACCUAUGACAGCGGGAUAGGUCCAUUCCUGGAGUCAUCAGAGAUCCCACCACCAAUGGAAUCCAUAUCAAUGCCACCUGCUGAGGUCCCUCGCAAGCCAACCAAUAGGUAUUCUUCAUGCUGGAGAGUGGCCAGCAUCAUGCAACACCAGCAACCCCUCUCAAAUUCACUACUGAAUAACUACUUGGAGGAGAAGGUGAUGGAGCUGUACAAGCAGUAUAUCAUGGAUGGCAUGGGUAACAGUGCAUCCCCUACUCAGAUCUUGGCAUCAGAAUUCAUAAUGACCAAUGUAGAUCAAAUCAGCAUGAAGCUUUCACAAGAAAGGAACAUGAAGACCACCCAAGCCAAGGAUAUGGUCAUUAACUGCCUAUUGCGACUAGCCAGUGGGAAAAUCUCCACUGAAAUGAGCACUCCUAGUCUUCACAUUUCCCAGUUUAGCACUGUGACUAAAUAAAUAAAGCCUGCACCUAGACAUUUCUGAGUCACCUUUGUUAAAAGUCAGUUUCAUUUCAGUAAGCUGAAGUUCCUGGGACAUGGUCAGAGCACCAAAUACUAACUAUUAUACAGGCGAACUCCUGAAAGAAGGAUUGGUUUGUAAACCAUACAGAAACCUUAGAUGCCUUUUUUUCCAAAUGUAAAUGCUUCAUGCUUCCUUCCAAUAAUCCUACUUCCACAUUUUAUUAACCCAAAUGUGGUUGUUGUCCCAUUGCAUUGCACUGUUUUGUAUCCUAAUGAGAAGGAACAUUGGCCCUGUUGCCUUGGCAAUGGGGACCAUUUUAUGUCUACCUCCCUUCACCAAGCGGCAGCAGGUUGGAGGAAUGGUGGCUUCAAACAGGCAUGAAGAAGAGAGUUGUUUCCCCAUUGGAAGAUUUUGCAAUUAAAAAUUAAACCUCAUGGGAAUUCAGCACAGUACUAAUUCUAAAUAUCCCUUUCAGUGUGUAAUUAUUUUCCUCCCUUCCCAAUACCUCGAGCCUCCAAGUGCAUUUCUACCCCCUUCUUGGUUUUAAUGUAUCUAUGUGGUGUUUUUGUCUGUCUGCUUGGGUGGCUUUAAGUCACUUUGGUUUGCCCUGGGCAAUAUAAAAUGACUAACAAAUUUAAUAAACCAACCAACAAACAAAUAAAGAAACCAUUGUGUAGAUGACUGUGUGCCUGCCCAGGUGGUAUAGGACUGCAUGACACCUUUAUCCCAGUGCCUACUCUGUCCUUGCUUCUCCCAUCACACCUUGAGAACUCCAGAAAUUGCCAGAGGGGCCUAUAGAGCAUCUGUGGAUCCUGAUUGCUUGAACUCCUGAUUCUGCCUGAGACAGCUUUUCCAAAAAUGAUGGCAUUCCCUUGCCCACUCUCUCUUGUUUACAUUCCUAUUACUUGUAUUCUCUCCCCCUGUUUCCCUGUGGAAUUCCUGGUCCCUCGUGUUCCUUAGCCACUCUUCCUUAUUGCAACUAAAGCCAACAUAUGUCUAAUUGAAAUGACCACCUAUUGUCCCCUUGACUCCCUACCUCUACCUCCUUUUCUCUUCCAUUUUAGACCAUAAGCUCUUCCCACCCCACUGUGUCAUAUCUGAUGAUGAGGACUGGUGGUAACUGGUUUGACUUGACUUGAAACUUUGCAUUGCGAAACCAGAGGCCUUCCUCCUGGGCAUUGUGGGCCAGAGAGUGUUAAAGA